AUGAUGAUGACUGCUGGAUCGAUUAUUAUUGGUGUCGCCCUUGCCUUGGGAGGCGUGACGGAUGCAUUGGUUCCAGCUGACCCUAUUAUAACGCCGCCAGCUGUGCUUCCACGGCAGAAUAACGAUAGAUUUAUUGGGUGGGUUGAAUCUGAUAAUACUUGGUUCUCAGAGACGUGCUCAUCGGGACUUACUUGGUAUCAAGAUGAAAAGUACGCACAAUGCUGCGCAACGACUCUCGAGGGUUGUCCAGCGCCUACAGCAUGCGUUCAAGGCACCAUGGUCUACCCCUUACCGUCCCUUUCAACAACCAUCUCUAUCGCAUGCACCGAAAACUACAAUGACACUCGCAUGUCUAUCUGCAACACGGCCUUUAUCUUUGAGAAUACUGGCGACUCAAAUCCGAAAACCGACAUUGUAUGUGGUGUCUCUGCUCUAAAUUGGUCGUACUACCGCAGCAUCCCUGCUUCCGCCACCGAAGUCAUCGUCUCAUCCAACGCUUUCUCUUUCCCCCAAGUCGCCUCCUCUGGUAUCAACGCACCAACCCGCACGGCACGACCAUCCACGACCUCCAUCCCCUCAUCUUCCUCAUCUACCUCUAAAGCCUGGAUUGCAGGCGCAGUCAUCGGCCCCAUCGUCGGCCUCGUCAUUCUCGGCUUGGCAAUCUUCUUCCUCCUUCGCCGGCGCAAGAACAAGAAAAACGCCGCUCCUCCUCCUCCGCCCCAAGCAGCAAUGAACUACGGUCCCUCGUCCAAUCAAGCCCCCAUGCCCUACACCGACACAAAACAACACUAUACACCCUCCCAGGGCCAAGCCUACAUGCAGCAAAACCCACCACCUGUCCCGCAACCCUACGGCCAAACAGCCCAAAACGACGCCUACGCCCAACACACCGCAUACAACGCCCAGCACGGGUACAACACGGGCUCCGUCUCCCCCGUCCCACAAUACACACUCCCCCUCAAGCCCCCGCAAACCCAAUCUCCUCCCCCACCCCACUCCCACCACCAACACGAAUACUACAACCCGACCCAGGACACCAAACACGCAUCCCACGCCUCAGAACUCAACGCCACACCCGACCGCCCCCUCUCCAACAUCUCCCCUUCCUCCCCAUCUCCCUACCCGCCUCCCCCCGCGACUUCUCCUCCCCCGCAAACACACGCACUGCCUGCACACUUGGAAUCUCAGUCACAGCAGAUAUACAGUCCGCAGCCGACGCAGGCGGCGCAGCAGGGGUCCGGGGCGGUGGAGAUGGGGGAUAAUCUGCGCAUGGUGCAGGGUGAGGCGUAUUUUGAUGGUGUGGAGUUGGCGGGGGGUGGGUCGACGCCGAGGCCUGGGGGGAGGGGGUAG